AUGACAAGCCAAGUCGACAAGUCACGACAAGGCAACGAAAUGACAAGCAAACUCACUAACACAACGACAAGCGGUGACAACUUAAGGACGAGAAACGACAGCUCAACGACAAGUAAACGGCAAGACAUCGAAAUGGCAAGACGUAGUGUGAACGAAAUGACAACCUUCAGGGGCACCACGCCCGAAGCUGCACUCAGCCCUCAGGGGCACCACGCCCACAGCCCCACUCAGCCCUCAGGGGCACCACGCCCACAGCCCCACUCAGCCCUCAGGGGCACCACGCCCACAGCCCCACUCAGCCCUCAGGGGCACCACGCCCACAGCCCCACUCAGCCCUCAGGGGCACCACGCCCACAGCCCCACUCAGCCCUCAGGGGCACCACGCCCACAGCCCCUCUCUGCCCUCAGGGGCACCACGCCCACAGCCCCACUCUGCCCUCAGGGGCACCACGCCCACAGCCCCACUCUGCCCUCAGGGGCACCACGCCCACAGCCCCACUCUGCCCUCAGGGGCACCACGCCCACAGCCCCACUCUGCCCUCAGGGGCACCACGCCCACAGCUCCAAUCAGCCCUCAGGGGCACCACGCCAACAGCUCCAAUCAGCCCUCAGGGGCACCACGCCAACAGCCCCACUCUGCCCUCAGGGGCACCACGCCAACAGCCCCACUCUGCCCUCAGGGGCACCACGCCCACAGCCCCACUCUGCCCUCAGGGGCACCACGCCCACAGCCCCACUCUGCCCUCAGGGGCACCACGCCCACAGCCCCACUCUGCCCUCAGGGGCACCACGCCCACAGCCCCACUCUGCCCUCAGGGGCACCACGCCCACAGCCCCACUCUGCCCUCAGGGGCACCACGCCCACAGCCCCACUCUGCCCUCAGGGGCACCACGCCCACAGCUCCAAUCAGCCCUCAGGGGCACCACGCCAACAGCUCCAAUCAGCCCUCAGGGGCACCACGCCAACAGCCCCACUCUGCCCUCAGGGGCACCACGCCCACAGCCCCACUCUGCCCUCAGGGGCACCACGCCCACGGCCCCACUCUGCCCUCAGGGGCACCAUGUCCACGGCCCCCCCCCCCUGAGCAUGAGGCUGGACGCCCUCGGGCGCCACACCUGCAGGAGGUUGUUUACCUUCAGGCCGCAGCUGGAGGUGUCGCGCUCCGCUGA